AUGGUUAAUUUAAAAUUAAAAUUAUAUGGAGAAAUAACUAAAAAAGCAAUAGAAUUGUCUAAAAUUCAAAAUAAAUAUAAAGGAUUGAAUAAAGAAAUAAUUAUUUGUAGAAAUAUAAUAUUUAAUUUGAAGAAGGAGAAAUCAGAAAUUAUAAACAAAUGUAAUGAAGAAAUUAAAAAAUUUUUAAAUGAGAAAAGUCAAAUUGAUAAAUUAAAAGAAGAGAAUGAAAGAAUUUCUAAUUUAUAUGAUAAACAAACGAAAGAGCUUAUUAAUGUUAGUGUUGAGAAAGAAAUUUUGGCUUCGCAAAAUUCAAAAUUAAAAUUGGAUAUUUUGCAAGCACAGAAAACUAUGUGGGUAUUAUACAAGAAUAUACACUCCUCCACAAAAGUAUAA